GUACUGGACACCAUUGAGGGCAGUAGCAGGAAGGGCGCGGCUGAGUUACGGUGGCUGCGCGAAAUCAUCUUCAUUGUAUUUUGUUUUAAACAUAUAAAAGUCCAGCCGAUCAGCUACUCCAUUCAACCUCUCGUGCACAGACGACAGCUUGCGGAUGCUUUGAAGACACCUAAUAUGGAAGGCCUCAAGCAUCCUCAUGGGACAACUGUACAAGGCCACGUCUCCCAGCUGUAAAGGAGUGUUGGGAUUACUACUGUCCGCAAUGCUAAAGCCGGUUGUGGCCAAGUUGACCGGAAAGUGCGUGGUGCUGGCCAGUGCCUCUCCACGCAGACGGGACAUCCUCACCAACAUUGGGUUGAAGUUCGAGGUGGUCCCAUCAUGGUACUCGGAGGACCUGAGCAAGGCUGAGUACCCGGCGCCGUACGCAUACGCGACUGAGACUGCCGUGCGCAAGGCCUUGGAGGUGGCGAAGCGCAUGCACGAGAGACAUCAGAAAACACCAGACUUGGUGAUCGGAGCUGACACAGUAGUGGCGAUUGAUGGCGAUAUUCUGGAGAAGCCCGCAGACAAACCGGAUGCAUACAGGAUGCUGUCAAGGCUCAGCGGGCGAGAGCACAGCGUGUUCACCGGCGUGGCGUUGGUCGAGUGCUGCGUUCGCGAGGGCAAGUUACAGACCAGCGUAGUGCAGUUUCACGAGGAGACGCGAGUGAAGUUUGCAGAUCUCUCGGAAGAGUUGCUUUGGGAGUACAUCGACAGCGGAGAACCAAUGGACAAGGCGGGCGGAUAUGGAAUCCAGGCGCUGGGCGGGAUGUUCGUGGAGAGUAUCCACGGAGACUUUCCUCAAUGUGGUGGGGUUGCCCCUCCACCACGUCUUCCGCAAGUUCGGAGAGCUCUACAACUGCGAAGCUGCCACACCCUUAGUUGGCGAUCCUGCUGGGCCUGUCUCUGCCGUGCCCAAUGGUGCUGCCGUGUGUGGGGGAGGAGACAAAAAGGGGACGGCCCGGUGAACGCUAGCAGCGGCGCAAGCAGAGGCAACGGCUACGUCUAUCUGAGCACCGACCCGGCCGAUGUUGGGUCAUCGUCAUGCUGCCUUCCGGCAUAUGGCACCCCAUUAUCAUUAAGUCCUUUUUGCAUUAAGUUGAAAUCAAUUCAGUUCAGCUGAUUAGACUGAACCAAGGUUUCCCAAACUGCAGUCCUGGAAAAUCCACCAUGCCCCACCUUUCUGUGUCUGCCAAGUGUCCAUCCGUGUAAAAUGCAAGUAAAGUCGUUAAACACUGCACUUGCCUAAUGCUUGCUGAUUGCCUUGUGUUAUUAGAACAGUGCAAAUACCAAAUUAACUCAUGAUUAUGAGAACAUUAGUGUCUGCUCACAGGCCAAACAAAUGGAAUUGGCCAAAUAUUCCUUCAGAGGGUCCUCUUGAACAUGCUUCCUAAAGGGUAUUAUUAUUAUGAUUGAUAUCACUAUUUUAACGUUUUAUUUUAAAAAAACUUGUUUUAAAUCGAUUCAUAUUAUUUCAUGUAAAAAGGGCCAUUGGUUAAAUUGUAAAGGUCUCAAGUGAUCUCCUGCCAUCAAAUCGAAGUGGCAGAAUUCUUUGGCGUCAAAUCUUGGAAUAUAGGCCCAAAACACAACACCAUCAUAAUCACUUACACCAACCGCAGUCCAGCCAUGUGGUACAGCAGUUAAGAAAGCUCAACUCACAGUUGGGAUGUAGCGAGUCCAAAUUCCAAUUGCAGAGUGAAUCCGCAUGUGGUCUCUAGUUUGUGGGAAAUUAACAGUAGGUUCUUCUAUAGAGAGAUUAGCCCCUGCCAUGGGAAUGUGGGAUUAAUCAUGAAUGACUCAGGGUUGUCAAUCGAAAUGAGUGCCGCCCUAAUUUUGUUUGCACAGGGAGACGCUGACCUUUGACACAGAUGACAGAAAAACAAAGUAGGCCGGGAAAGAUGGCAAUAGUUUGGGGAGAUCUUCAUUCAACAGUAGAUUGAUCAAGGCUGGUGACGACAGUAAUAGUAUAAGUGAUUCUAAGAUAAUAUAUCAAGAAAUUUUGAAACGCAACAUUUUUUUGUUUAGUUUUAAGUUAUUUCAGCUCCCAAAAAAAUAUGGCCUGAAUUAACUUGCUUUUACGCAGGGCUGGAUCAGCCUGAACGUUUGACAUUGCUUUUGGUCUCGCUCAAGACAAUAAAAAAAAUAUACAAUUACAAUCAUCAGUGAAACAAAUAAUAUGCCUCUGGUGGAGUUGUGACCAUUAAGCUGAUGAGGAGUGAGCAGAACCCACUACCUGUUAAUAGUUGUAAUGUUGGUGUCUGUUGACGUGUUUUUCAAGUUUAAUUUAUUAGGUAUAGCCCUGUGAGCCAUGCGGCUCUUGAGUCGGGUGCAACCGCAACAAACAAAAUAUGAACAGAAAACAUCUUAAAGCGACGACGCGCAACAGAAACAUCCUGGAUAAACCAGGAAAUCUUCCAGAAAAAAAACACCGUAUUACAACGCUGUGUGCAAAAAUCCCAGUAUGAUGCAAGUCAAACAAUAACAACCAUAAGACAUUUCGAUUUAAAGCUUUCGUGACUUGCAGGGAUUCAUCUUCUUGACUUUACCGAAAGAACCAAGAAGAUGAACCAUAAGACAAUUUAGAUUUAAUUUAUCAGGCCAACUCCGCACUUCCGCAAGAAACAUGGCUUAACCAUAUGUUUUCGAAAUCACCAAAAUAUAGCUAUAAAGACAAUGUAACAACAGUAAUCAUAGGAACUGUGAUUCAAAUGUAACAAUAAACGAUAUAUAUAACAUGUACGACCAAACUUGCAGCCACAGCUGGCAGCAUGACACUCCCAUUGUAUGAUGUGUGAGUGAGGCAGUGGUAGUGUGAGUGAGUGUACGAUGUUGUGAGCGUAUGAUGAGUGAGUCAGUGGUAGUGUGAGUGAGUGUAUGAUGUGCGAGUCGGCGUAUGAUGAGUGAAGUGUAUCACGGCAUCCUCCCCGCCAUCAUGGCCUCCUCCCCGCCAUCACGGCCUCCUCCCCGCCAUCACAGCCUCCUCAAGGUCAGGGUUCUUGAAGUAGAUUUAACAGCGGGUCAUGUAACCAAAUUUGCAUGCGCUGCCAGUUUCAAGUUUUGUGAAGGCUAUGUGAUGUCACGCGUCACUGCAACAGACGUUAUUAUGUUACGUGGCAUCGUGGCGUCGUGACACAUGUACAUGUGACCACUAAUCUGUACCUCCUGUAUCCAGGUGUCUUCAUCUCUUCUUUAUGCCAUAUCCAGGUCUCUCAUCUCACAGCUCUCUGUAUUCUCUUGAUACGUCAGCGACCAAGAUCUCUCGGCGGGUGACUCCAAGAGUAUUCACGACCUGAAUUUGUCUCGUAGGUCCCCAGUUUAAGAACCCUGCAUGAGGUUUCAUUUGAAAUUCAUGGUCCGAGGCUGUGCUUGUAAGUGGUUGUAGCCUGUGUAUUGUAAUAGUUUUCUCUUCUGCGUUUCACUGUAGUGUAGUCGUAUGGUAUUCUAAAUCUCGGUAGAGACCUUUGGUUUGGCUCACCACACCAAAAUAUUUGGCCACGUGGCGAGGGCUGCACGAUCCUUGCCGCGUGCCUCAGUGUCGCUCCCUCUUUGGGAAACUUGCUUAGACCAUCUUCGGUGGAAGUACCGCACGUGUGCAGUGAGUGGUUCACCUGUGUAUCUCUGCCAAUCAGCCUACCCACAAAGCGGAGUUGAGUCUGUCUGGAAGAAGGGCAUAACCAGUUUUACAGUUUUAAGUUUAAAUGUUGUGAAGAGCCAUUUCAAUGCAGGAAUACUGAUAUCGAGCUUGGUGUUACAGAAGCAAAUCACAGGCAGUACAAUUCCACAGCUAUACGAGCCUGAUUGUAAUGAAUUUUUACCUGUAUCAAUUAAAAUAUAAUCCUGGUUAUAUGAGGGUGCAUUUAUUUUGUGUAAUAAAAGGACUCAGACACUU